AUGACCUCCUGCGGCAACGAGCCGCUCUUCAAGGACGGCAAGGGAUGCGGCUCAUGCUACCAGAUACGGUGCGUGUCGGCGGGCCACCCGGCGUGCUCGGGCGUGCCGGAGACGGUGAUCAUCACGGACAUGAACUACUACCCGGUGUCCCGCUUCCACUUCGACCUCAGCGGCACCGCCUUCGGCGCCAUGGCCAAGGACGGCCGCAACGACGAGCUCCGCCACGCCGGCAUCAUCGACAUGCAGUUCAGGAGGGUGCCGUGCCAGUACCCGGGGCUGACGGUGACGUUCCACGUACAGCACGGGUCGAACCCGUACUACCUGGCGAUCCUGGUGGAGUACGAGAACGGAGACGGCGACGUGGACCAGGGCCCCUUCUCGCUGCGCAUCACCAACGAGUCCGGCAAGACGCUCGUCGCCGACCAGGUCAUCCCCGCCGACUGGGAGCCCAACGAGAUCUACAGCUCCAUCAUCCAGUUCGACUAG